UCCUCUUCGCGGGGUGAAAGGGCGAGAGGGCAUACGAGUUGGGGUUCUCUGCCGGAGCAGCAAGCGCAGCAGCAGCCAUGGCAACGGCGACGACUGUGAAGGAUGUCUCCCCGCACGAAUUUGUGAAGGCAUACGCGUCCCACCUCAAACGUUCUGGCAAGAUUGAAUUGCCGCACUGGACAGAUAUUGUGAAGACUGCAACUUUCAAAGAGCUUGCACCUUACGAUGCUGAUUGGUAUUAUGUCAGAGCCGCAUCUAUGGCAAGGAAGAUCUACUUGAGGCAAGGCAUUGGUGUUGGUGGCUUCCAGAAGAUUUAUGGUGGGCGGAAAAGGAAUGGGUCUCGUCCACCUCACUUCUGCAAGAGCAGUGGGUCUAUUGCUCGUCACAUUCUCCAGCAGUUGGAGAAGAUGAACAUCAUCGAACUUGAUCCGAAAGGGGGGAGGCGAAUUACAUCAAGUGGGCAGCGCGACCUUGAUCAAGUGGCUGGCAGAAUCAUUGUCGCUGCGUGAUGCUCUUAUGUCGUUAUGCGUGUUCAAGCUUUCUUCAUUCGACGUUUCAGUUAUCCUCAGCUAGGUUUCUAAUGGUAAUGAUGAAAGGGUUACUCAUCUCCAUGAUUAAUCAAAAAAAAAAAGGAAAAACACUGAGGACGAUUUUGGUAAUGUACUGAGGAUAUAUUUUUGGGUUUUAAUUUUUUUUUUCAGCUGAGAUCAUCAUAUACAAAGGUGUGGACCUUUUCUCAUUUCGUUUAGGCUUUAUAUUGUGUUCCUCGUAACGUGUUUUUUGGGUUUUAAAUAUUGAAUAGCUGUGCAUUUUGUCUGAA